AUGUUCGAAUCUAAAGAUGAACAACACAAUGAAAUAUGUCAAAUUAAACGAUUUCCUUGUGGCACCGUGGUUAAAAUCGAUCAUAGAACUCUAUUAUCCUGGGGAAUAAAGGAAAAAAGCAAGAAGAAUAACAAAAAUGCUAAACCGGUCACAUCUACUAAAUUGGUCGAACUUCUUAAAGUACAUACUGCACAUAUCGUUCUUCGUCGCACUCGUUGGGAUCCUCAUAAAGAAGGUUUUGUGCCAGAACCUAAGAUUUUGUGGUGUUCGAAUGCUUUUACACCAGUUAAUGCUUCAGUUCUAGUGCAUCAAUAUGAUUACAGUCCAAACAAAUUACAAAUUACAGGAGUAACAUUUUCGCCAGCUUUAUCACGUCAAAAUAUAAACCAAUUUAAUUUACAAAUAUCAUAUAUUAUUCCAGAAAUGUAUGCAUGUACUGCAUUGAAAAAGAAAUGUUUGAAAGCUAUUAUAGUCACCGAUAGUGAACAAGAGUCAAAUAUUCAUCCAAACUAUAAGUUUAUGGAUGGUCAAAAACCAGUUGAUUCAAUAUUAAUUCAUGUUGAUCAGCAAAAAGCUAGAUGCAUUUCUAAAUAUUUAUACGUGCAAGCGAAGGACUGUAAAGAAGAAGAAUAUCAAGACCUAGUCGACUUAUUAUCUACAAUAGACUAUGGUUUUUAUGAAAACGAAGAACAUUUACCCGCUGGUGAUCUAAAUCUAACAUUUGAAGAAGAACGAGAUAGACUUGCAGAAGCUAUGAAACAAUAUGCAUUACCAAAUAUCUUAAAAGGAUUACGUCAACUUCGACAAAAACGAAUUAAACAUAAAUCCAAUAAAGAAGAUCAAGAUUGGAUUAAAUGUAAAACUAACGAGGAUAAAAUUAUCAGAAAUAUCUGGAAAAUAUGGUGUCAUGAACGAGAAUGUCGUCCUCGUGCGGGUAUUAUCCUAUCAUAUUUUGAUACACAAGGUUUAGCUGAAAUUCUUCUAACAAAGUUUUAUAAAAAUAAUUAUAUUCAAUAUGGAUAUGCAAAAGGUAAAAUCGAACACGGUGAAACUGUUAAAGAUUGUGCAGCUCGUGAAGGUGCUGAAGAAUUAGGUUUGGAUGCUAAAAUUAUUUACAAUCUAAUACAAUAUAGUCAACCAAUAAAAAAGAAUGUAUUUAAUGUUCUGGAGAAUUCAUGGAUUGAACAUUAUUAUUUUAUUAUUCGUCUACCCAAUAAAAACAUUCAUCUUAUGCCAAAUGAAAAAGAAAUUCAUGUAAAUAUUUACACUAUUUUACAUUUAAUUGAAAAAUCUUAUAAUCACGGUUUUCUUUUUAUGAAACACGAUCUAAAAGGAGUAUAA